CUUUCGCUCGUUCGCAGCAGGUUCAGUGAAAUAAAUUUUGCUCGUGUUAAACCUCUGAAAGAUGUCAGGUCCCAAUCCGUUUGCCCAAUUCGAGAAGUCUUUCACCCAGGCGGGUGAAGUGUACAAAUACUUUGAUUUGGCCUCCAUUGAUGGCAAAUAUGAUCAAUUGCCUUACUCAAUACGUGUGCUGCUGGAAUCGGCGGUGCGCAACUGUGAUAACUUUCAAGUUUUGGAGAAGGAUGUCCAGAGCAUCUUGGGUUGGACACCGGCUUUAAAGCAGGGCUCAAAUGAUGUGGAGGUCUCCUUCAAGCCGGCUCGUGUCAUUCUCCAGGAUUUCACUGGAGUGCCAGCUGUUGUGGAUUUCGCUGCCAUGCGUGAUGCUGUCCUUGAUUUGGGCGGUAAUCCUGAAAAAAUCAAUCCCAUCUGCCCCGCUGACUUGGUCAUUGAUCACUCUGUACAAGUGGAUUAUGCAAGAGCUCCAGAUGCUUUAACCAAGAAUCAGACACUUGAGUUUGAACGCAACAAGGAGCGAUUCACUUUCUUGAAGUGGGGAGCCAAGGCCUUCAAUAACAUGCUGAUUGUUCCUCCCGGCUCUGGUAUUGUCCAUCAAGUGAAUUUGGAAUACCUGGCUCGUGUUGUUUUCGAGAAAGAGAAUGCUGAUGGCUCAAAGAUCCUUUAUCCUGACAGUGUUGUCGGCACCGAUUCGCAUACCACUAUGAUCAAUGGCUUGGGUGUUCUCGGUUGGGGUGUAGGUGGCAUUGAGGCUGAGGCUGUUAUGUUGGGACAAUCAAUUUCCAUGUUGUUGCCCGAAGUAAUUGGCUACAAAUUGGUUGGUAAACUAAGCCCCUUGGUCACCUCCACGGAUUUGGUAUUGACCAUUACCAAAAAUUUGCGUCAAUUGGGUGUAGUGGGCAAGUUUGUGGAGUUCUAUGGUCCUGGAGUGGCUGAGUUAAGCAUUGCCGAUCGUGCUACCAUUAGUAAUAUGGGCCCGGAAUAUGGAGCCACAGUUGGCUACUUCCCCAUCGACGAGAACACCCUCAACUACAUGAAACAGACAAAUCGUUCAGAGAAGAAGAUCGAAGUGAUCCGUCAAUAUCUGAAGGCCACACAGCAAUUGCGCAAUUAUUCCGAUGAAUCCCAAGAUCCCAAGUUCACUCAGACACUUACUCUGGAUCUGUCGACAGUAGUGAGUUCCGUUUCUGGACCAAAACGCCCACACGAUCGUGUCUCUGUCUCUGACAUGCACACCGAUUUUAAAUCCUGUCUUUCAAACCCGGUUGGCUUCAAAGGAUUCGCCAUUAAGCCAGAGGCACAGGCUGACUUUGGUGAAUUCCAAUGGGAUGAUGGCAAGACUUACAAAUUGCAACAUGGCUCAGUUGUCUUGGCAUCUAUUACAUCUUGCACAAACACUUCCAAUCCCUCUGUGAUGCUGGGUGCUGGUCUUCUGGCCAAGAAGGCUGUAGAAAAGGGUUUGAGUAUUCUACCCUACAUUAAGACUUCUCUAUCGCCUGGUUCUGGUGUGGUAACCUAUUAUCUCAAGGAAUCCGGCGUCAUACCCUUCCUGGAGAAACUGGGUUUCGAUAUUGUUGGCUAUGGCUGCAUGACUUGCAUUGGCAACUCGGGUCCCUUGGAUGAGAAUGUGGUGAACACCAUUGAGAAAAACAAUCUUGUCUGUGCUGGUGUCUUGUCUGGUAAUCGUAACUUUGAAGGACGUAUUCAUCCCAAUACCCGGGCCAAUUACUUGGCCAGUCCACCGCUGGUGAUUGCCUAUGCCAUAGCUGGACGUGUGGACAUUGACUUUGAAAAGGAACCAUUGGGAGUGGAUGUUAAAGGCAAGCCUGUGUUCCUUCGUGAUAUCUGGCCCACUCGUUCAGAGAUUCAGGAGGUGGAGAACAAACAUGUCAUUCCCGCCAUGUUCCAAGAAGUUUACAGCAAAAUCGAAUUGGGUUCUCCGGACUGGCAGACUCUGCAGGUGUCCGAUGGCAAACUCUUCUCAUGGAGCGGCGAUUCAACCUACAUCAAACGUCCGCCUUUCUUCGAGGGAAUGACCCGCGAACUGCCCAAACUGCAGAGCAUUCAGAAGGCGCGUUGUUUGCUCUUCUUGGGUGACUCUGUGACCACAGAUCACAUCUCCCCUGCCGGCUCAAUUGCCAGAAAUUCACCAGCUGCACGUUUCCUGGCCGAACGUAAUAUUACAGCACGCGAUUUCAACUCGUAUGGAUCCCGCAGAGGCAACGAUGACAUCAUGUCUCGUGGUACCUUUGCCAAUAUUCGUUUGGUCAACAAGCUGGCCUCAAAGACGGGUCCACGCACCCUGCACAUUCCCAGUCAGGAGGAACUUGACAUCUUCGAUGCAGCUCAACGCUAUCGGGAAGACGGCACACCUUUGGUCCUGGUUGUGGGCAAGGAAUAUGGCAGUGGCAGCUCUCGCGAUUGGGCGGCAAAGGGUCCCUUCCUGCUGGGCGUCAAGGCGGUCGUUGCUGAAUCUUAUGAGCGCAUUCAUCGCUCCAAUUUGGUUGGCAUGGGUAUUAUCCCAUUGCAAUUCUUGCCUGGCCAAAAUGCUGAGACUCUCAAGCUAAAUGGUCGUGAGGUCUAUAAUAUUUCUCUACCCGAAAGUGGCUUGAAGCCUGGCCAAAAGAUUCAAGUGGAGGCCGAUGGAACUGUCUUCGAGACCAUCUUGCGCUUCGACACCGAAGUGGACAUCACAUACUAUAAGAAUGGAGGCAUUCUCAAUUACAUGAUACGCAAAAUGCUCAACUAAGCUAAUAAUUUGUUUAUGUUUCUUUUUGUUUGUUAUACUUUUAUUCCACUUGCAUUUUUUAUACCGCUCAUUUGCAUAGUUUUAAAGAAAACCCUUUCGCGUGGUGGUGCUUUUAUUCAAAGAAUCAAAUAUAACCAAUGGCCUACCCUUUAAAAUAUACAAAAAUCAAUUCUAUA